AUGUUACCUUAUAUUAUUGAAUAUGCUAAGUCUGAUAAAACAAAAUGUAAUUGUUGCAACAACAAUAUAUCAAAGAAAGAAUUAAGAAUUGGAAUUCGAUUUAAGCCAGUAGACUAUUACAUACAAAAGUGGUAUCAUGAAACAUGCUUUUUCAAGAAAGGAAAGCGAUUAGGAUCUGCUAACCAGUUUGAUAAGUUUAAUACAAUUAGAUAUGAUGAUCAGCAGAGGAUAAAGGCUCAACUUGUGAAUACAUCUGAAAACACAUAUGACAGAGAAUUAGCUGGCCAAAACCAAUUUUUUGUAGAAACCUCUCCCAACUCAAAAGCUGUUUGCCGAUCAUGUUUUAUAAAAAUAGUAAAGGAUGAUAUUAGGAUCUCGAAAACAGUUUAUGAAGAAAAAUAUGGAGAAAUUCAACAUUGCUAUCAUGUGAGGUGCUUUUCAAAUGUUAAAGAGGAUUUGUGUUUCUAUGCUGAAGGUGACUGUUUACCAGGAUUUGACACUUUAUCUAGCAAUGAUAAAGUUAUCAUUCAAAGUUCAAUAUUAAGGUCAAGCAAUUUCGAAAUACUUAAGACAAAGACUGAAGAAGGUGGUGGUUCUUCGGAAAGUCAAUUUGGUAUCAAAAAAUAUCUAGUCAAAGUUGGAUCGAAAGGUGUUGAGUGUAAUGUGAAAGGGGAAGUGAACAAAGAAUAUAUGGAGAGUAGCGUUGAUGAGACAGACAAUGUACUAGAAGAAAAAAUUCAAAAUGACUUAUUUCAUGGUUAUAAAGAAAAUUUGCAGACUGUGUCUACAAAAGAUUUGGCUAUUUUAUGCAAGCGAAACAAUCUUAAAAUGUUUAAGGGGACAGAAGAGCCUCUUGACUUAUUGGCAGACUGUAUGGCAUUUGGUGCUCUUGAACGCUGUCCACAAUGUAGGGGACAGUUGCAGUUGAAGACGUUUUACUAUAAGUGCACAGGAUUCCUAAAUCCAUGGACUACAUGUGAUUAUCAAACCAGGUCUCCAAGAAGGUUUGUUAUGACAAUACCAGCAGAACUUCAGCACUAUGCUGUAUUUAAGAACUUUAGACCAACAUUGAAAAAGCGGAUAUUCACGGAGGAACCGCCGCUAGAAUUAAAGCCAUCACCUAAAAGAAUAAAAACGGAAUACGCGAAGCCGCCCUUAAAAAACGUGCAAUUUUGCAUAUACGGGUUUAAAGCUGACAAGAAAGAGAUGAUAAAGCGUCGCAUUUUGAGGCUCGGCGGGUGUGUUGCCGUCAAAUUAUUAGAUACAGUCGCCGCAGUCAUUUCGACAAAGGAGGCGAUACAGAAAAAUAACAGUUUUGUGAAAAAAAUUCAUAUGGCCGGCUAUCAUGUGGUGGAAGAAAGUUUUCUCGAAUAUUUAGAAACAUAUGUAGAAGGUAGCAUAUCUGUUAAUGAUUCCAUCAAACUCAUUGAGGAGCAAAAUAUUUCGGAGCAUAGUUUUGACAUAUAUUCCCGUGUGCCUCGCCAAGUUCUUGACGGAGAACCACUUAGAGUUUCGAGCGGCAUGUACAUACCAUUGAACCAAUCUGAGGUUUCGUCGUUGAAAGUCAAAGAUGGCGUUCCACUAGUAAUGGGCACCGGUUUGGAGAAUCGUACUCACGUAUACAGGGAGUUCGGGAAUCCAUACUCCGCCACCUUGAACCGUGUGGACGUGAAUGCCACGCAGGGUGGAAACCGUAGCUACGUGCUGCAAUUACUUGAAGCCGAUCGGUCGAAACGAUAUUUCGUUAUAAGCAGCUGGGGAGAAACUGGUUCAAAACAAAAGAUUGAUAUAAAAGAAUUUGAAGAGUAUUUGGGUGAAGCUAAAGCCUUCUUUAAGGAUGUCUUCUUCAAGAAAACUGGCAACACUUGGGCUGAGAGGUUUCAUUUUGACAAGAAAUACGGUAAAUUUGAUCUGAUUCAAAUGGCUGAUUUAAACCAGCCCACUGUGCGAGAUUUGAGCCUCGACACCCAAAGUGAGCUGCCUGUCUCAGUUCAGCAACUGCUGAAGUUGCUAUUUGACAUCAACAUCAUUCAUAAAACCAUCGCUGACAUUGAAAUCGAUACAAAUAAAAUGCCUUUAGGCGUUCCGUGUGACGAACAACUGUUAAUGGGUUUUAAUAUACUGUGGAAACUGUUGGAAAUUCUUGAUCAAAAGACAGUUCAUACUAGCGCGAUAAAAGAGUUGUCAAAUAAAUUCUACACAAAAAUACCACACAAAGGUGGCAUAGAAAAACUGAAAUUAUUGGACAACAGAUAUAUUAUUUUAACGAAAAUCCAAAUGCUCUGUGACCUUAAAAAUACUCAUAUAUCUUAUAAAUUACUGGAAGAUGAAAUGGACAGCUCUAUCAGCUUAAUAGAGCAAUAUUAUAUGAAAUUAAAGACUGAAAUUUUGCCAUUGGAUGAAGAAUCGAUGGAGUAUAGUAUGAUUAUGAAGUACUUUAUUAACACACAAUCAUCCGAACAUUUGUGUCGCAUGCAAAUUGAAAAGAUAUUCAAAGUUGAACGCGAAGGAGAAGCGGAGAUGUUCGAACCUUAUAAAUCUCUCGAGAGGAAGCUAUUGUGGCAUGGAUCUCGACUCUCGAACAUUAAAGCUAUUCUAUUGCAAGGCCUUCGUAUAGCACCCUCAGGUGUUCAUAUAACCGGUGCAAUGUUCGGCCAGGGUAUAUACUUCGCGGAUGUCGUUAGCAAGUCCUCGCAAUAUAUACGCCAUACCCCUGAUCACCCACAAGGUGUGCUACUUUUAUGCGAAGUGGCUCUCGGGAACAUGAAGAAAUGUGUUACUCAAGAAUAUAUUACCAGUUUACCUGAAGGUGUACACUCCGUUUGGGGUGUGGGUCGAAAUCACCCAGAUCCUAGCGUUAUAGAGGUUUUGUUCUUCCCAACGUUAGAACUUUAG